AUGAGCGCCGCGGAAAAGCGAUUCACGGCGCUCGUCGGUUUUUAUGAAAAAACGGCGAAUCGGCAGCUGCAGGAGCUGAAAAGUUUGCAGAAAAUCGCCCUUCAAGGCGGAAUUCGCGAUAAUCGGGCUCUUAGAAACUCGGUAAUCUUUUUCUGAUGACGGUAAUGCAGCUUUACUAAAAAAGAUAAACACUUUGACGUGAUUUCCGCGAAGACUUUUAUUAAAUAAGAAUGAUGAUUCUCCCUCACCUUAUUUCAGAAAAAAAUUGUAUUAUUUUUGGCAGAUAGCGACGUACGAAAAAGAUUUGGAGGACGGUCUCCGCGGCAUUCUGAGAGUGCGUGCCGAAAUGGACGACGAGCAGCAGGAGCACGAAUUCGACGCCGUCGUCGAGCCAAUUCGGUUCGUCUUUUGGCUCACAACAUUUGUUUGAUUUGUUGAAAUGUUAUUUUGUUCAGAAAACAAAUAAAAACGCAGUUGCACGUGACGAAGACGCUUCCACAAUUGGCGUCGCCCGCCGUCGGAUCGAACCCGUUCGAAAUGGAAAACGGCGAGGAAGACAAUCCGUACGAAAUGGAGUCACGCAGGUUUUUAUUCAAAUUUUGGGAUCAGCGGGGGUCCUGUCUCGUGGUUCAACGUUCUGUCGCAAAAAAUUCGGUUAAAGCAGACAAGAGCAAUAAACGGUGGAGGGCUCGAAAGGUGACUGUUUAGACGGCGGCUGUACGUUCAAGAAAAGAGACGACUACUCCUCGUGAAGUCUAUUGCAUAGAGAACGUCUAGAGGAUCAUUUUCCUUUUUUAAUGGCCCCGAUUCGACAACUUUGAAGAAAAAUGUGACCACGAGACGCUCUCUCUCUCUCUCUGCCAUAGUUUUCAGAACGUUUUCCAGCAUAGCUUUGUCAAUUCAAAUCGCUCUGUCUCGUGGUUCUUGGUCAUUUUGAUACAUUAACAUGUAUAUUUUCAUUCGCUCUCAACCCGGCUGUGACCACAAACGUCUAACGGUCCAAAUCUUUGAUCUCUGACAAAAAGUGGGCAUAGCCUGGUUCAAAGUGAGUGAGCUCCUCUAAAAAUAAGUUUUUUUCUACCUUUCGAGCCCUCUAUGUAUAUUUUUUGAAGCCCAUAAUAAUUGUUGCAGAUAUCUGCAAGAAACUUCGCUGAAAGAUCUGGAAAUGCGUCAAUUGGCGGAGGACACGCGAGAACGCGCGGAACAAAUGCGAAAAAUUGAAAAGGACACGGAGGAUUGCAGGAAGAUUUUCGAGGAAUUGGCACGGAUCGUCCAUGAACAGCACGACGUCGUCGAUUCUAUCGAGGUACGAUUUUAGGCGACAUUUUUGAGGAAAAAAACUGAGCUCGUCGCUAUUGCCCCUCGGUGUUUGCUGUGUUUUUCAGUUUUUGCUGAAGCGGAAUUUUUUUUACCUGAAAAUCUAGAAAAGUUACUGUUUCAACAGCAUUUUUUAGAAAGUUGUUUGGUCGUGUUUCCAAGUGAUCGUGCCUGACGAGGUAGAGAGUGAGCGGAAGCUUGGUGUUUAGAUGUUACACGUUUAUUCGGGAUUGAAUAAAUGGACAGAAGAAUAAUCAGAGAUUCGGAGAAGCGAGAAGGAAGACAAGACAGCCCGUGAUGACGUGGCAAAACGGAGACAGCAAGUGUACUCAAGUUGGGAGUUUGCGGUACCGAGAGAGUGUGUGCGUGCAGAGAGAGAGAGACAACGUGGAGAGAAAGAAAGACGAAUGCUUUGUGUGUACCAGAGGGGUACACAACUCUUAGUUCCUCGCCUGAAUCCGUUACAAAUGUUAUUUUGAAGGAAAACAUCGAACGAACGAACGAGGAUGUGAAACGAGGAAAUGAGAAUUUGAAGAAGGCGGUCAAAUCGAAAGCCGCGAAGGUAUCAAUAGCGAAAAUUCGCAUUUUAGUCUAAUUUUCAGGCUCCCCUCUACGCCGGAAUCGUCGGCGGACUGGCUGUCGGAGGGCCUGUGGGGCUUGCCGCCGGAUCGACAAUAGCUGGAAUUUGUGCGGGAGUUGGAGGAUUGGCUGCUGGUAAGUUCGAGAAGACAGCAACGGCCGUAGCCAGAGAUGGGCGCGGUCUGGCAAAAGCAGAAAUUCCACCGGAAAUGUUUCUGCGUGGGCAAUAUUGCCGCCGCCGCCGCCCUCUAUGCGCUUUCCGGCUGACAUUUUGCGACGCCGUCGGAUUUUCUUCGUGAACGUGUUAUUCAUGACCAGUACUUGCAAAGAGCAGCAAAAAAUUUGCAAAAAAUAUCGGAGUCACUACGAAAACUGCAAUAUUCGACUAGCGAUUGAUUGUGCGUGCUACUCGUCAGAAUCGAAUUAAUUUUACUAUUUCUCAUUGCUCUUUGUUUUGAGGAAGUGUAUUGAUCCAUUCAAAAUUGAAAUCAUUCAAAAAUCUGUCUUAUUUCUCCGGCGGCACGCAUCUGAAGUCUCCAACGACAGAAAAUUUGUUUAUGUCAGAAUGAGAAACUCAUCGCCAACAUUUUCAUCGUGAAAUAAUGUAAAAUUAAUUCGAUUUUCAUUCGCUACUCGAAAGUAACAGAUUUCGUAGCGACCCCGAAAUUUUUAAAGCGGUAUUCGUGCGGCGGCGCGGUUUCUUUUAUGCGAUUUUUUCAGGACUCUACACUGGAAAAUGGUUCAAAAAAUCGGCGACGAGUGACUAG